AUGCCGCACGUGGACGUGCAUUGCGACCCACACUGCCCAUACAAUCAGAAUAUGUGCACGCACCGCCUAUAUGUGCACACACCGCCUGUACAACCAGAAUAUGUGCACGCACCGCCUGUACAUCCAAGAUAUGUGCACACACCGCCUGUACAACUAGAAUAUGUGCACGCAUCGCCCGUACAAUCAGGAUAUGUGCAGGCACUGCCCUUACAACCAGGAUAUAUAUACGCAUCGCCCAUGCAAUCAGGAUAUGUGCACGCACCGCUCGUGCAAGCAGGAUAUGUGCAUGCAUCAUCCGUACAGCCAGAAUAUGUACACGCACCGCCCGUACAACCAGGAUUUGUACACGCGCCGCCCGUACAACCAGGAUAUGUGCCAGCAUCAUCCGCAUUAUACUUCCAAUGA